AUGGCUGGUAUCUUUGCACGUCGCUCUGCAUUGCGUGCCGUCACCACUGCACAGACUUUCCGUGCGGCUCCUGUGCUUUCGCGUUCGACUCGUCUUCUGGGACAGAGAUCCUAUGCCAGUGGGAAGCAGGAUAAGGGAUAUGAGGAGCAUAAGAAGAGUGAUUUGCCAUGGUUACUUGGCUCAGUUGGACUGGGUGGCCCGGUGAUCGUGUAUCUACUUCAAUCCGGCCCGGAGAAGAAGCCUCAUGGGGAGGGUCAUGGACAUAGACAUGGUGAAGAGCAUCAGGAGGAGUCCGACGAGAAAGAAACUGCUACCGAGGUAGAGGAAACCGCGGAGCCCGCUGAAAAGGAAGAUGGUGAAUCUUCGAAAGAAGAGUCAUCUGAUGAAGGAAAGGAGAAUCAAUCUGCGGGGAAGGAGAAGUCGGGUGAUGAACAGCCUGCUGAGAAGAAGGAACAAAGUGCCGACAAGGAGGAGUCUAACAAAGAGUCCAAGUUGGAUGAUGCGUCUGAAUCUAAGGAAGAGGAUUCAUCAGAAUCGAAGGAGUCUGACGAGGGAAAGCCAUCUGAUAACCAACAAAAAGAGGCCUCAUCCAAGGAUGCGAACGAGCAGCCCAACUCGGAGGGAGAGGGAAAGGGUGGAAAGAACGAGGAUGAACAAACCUCGAAGAGCCAGAAUUAG